AUGCAACAAUAUUUGCAUAUGGCCAAACAUCUUCUGGCAAACAUCUGGCAAACACACACCAUUUUGGGCAAUGAAACAGAUCCUGGGCUUUUCCAAUUAGUAUCCAAUCAGUUAUUCCAGCAUGUGGCAGACCAGGUUGAUAAGAGGUACUUGAUUAGAUGCAGUUAUAUUGAAAUCUACAAUGAAAAGAUCAAUGACCUCCUGGAUAAGAGCAAUCAGGGUUUAACUAUAAGAGAAGAUAUCAAAGGAAAUGUGCUGCUUGAUGCAAGAGAACCUGUCGUAGACAAUGUUGAUAAAGUUAUGGAGAACAUGAUGCAGGGCAAUAAGAUCAGACGAGUUGCAGCUACUCGCAUGAAUGAGAGGUCAUCUCGAUCACACACGAUUUUCCGGAUUAUUCUGGAGUCGAAAGAUGCCAAUCAGAAAGAUGGACCUGUACAUAUAAGCUACCUUAACUUAAUGGACUUAGCUGGUUCUGAGAGAGUUUCUCUGACGAAAGCUGCUGGUGAGCGUCUUAAAGAGGGGGCUAACAUAAACAAAUCUUUGUCAGUAUUAGGAAAUGUGAUAAGGCAACUAAGCGAGGGGAAGGAGUUUAUCAGUUAUCGCGAUUCGAAAUUGACUAGACUGCUCUCACAGGCUCUUGGCGGUAAUGCCAAAUCAUUGAUUAUCGGAAAUAUCAGACCAAUGAUCCACCGCGAAGUAGCCGAUGGUCUAGAGCGUCUUUGGAACGUAAGAGAAAACUGCAUUUGGGAAGCCGAUGAAAGUAGUCGCCAUGGAGAGGUUUAUAUAUUCGACCAUGUAUUUAACCAGGAAUGUACAAAUUCAGAUGUAUAUGGAUCUGUAGUAAAACCUUUAGUCGAUUCCUUCAUGGAAGGUUUCAAUGCAACAAUAUUUGCAUAUGGCCAAACAUCUUCUGGCAAAACACACACCAUUUUGGGCAAUAAAACAGAUCCUGGGCUUUUCCAAUUAGUAUCCAAUCAGUUAUUCCAGCAUGUGGCAGACCAGGUUGAUAAGAGGUACUUGAUUAGAUUCAGUUAUAUUGAAAUCUACAAUGAAAAGAUCAAUGACCUCCUGGAUAAGAGCAAUCAGGGUUUAACUAUAAGGGAAGAUAUCAAAGGAAAUGUGCUGUUUGAUGCAAGGGAAGCUGUCGUAGACAAUGUUGAUCAAGUUAUGGAGAACAUGAUGUAG